GUACCGAACCAAAAAUAAAGGGAAUGACCAACAAUCAAAAUGCGAUUUCAAAUUAUAAGGGGCGAUGUCCAGUCAAUUGUUUGGUAAAUCAGUAUUAAACAUCUAUUGAGAUUCCAUAUAUUCAGAGAUAAUCAUAGAAAUCAGCUAAUAGAAUUCCAAAAUGUCAUUCAAGGGUCUCAAGAAGUCGCUUGUUAGAGCUCCCCAGACUUUUAGACAAAAGAUGAAUAUGGGUGAAAUGACUUCUGAUGCCGUUUAUCAAGAUGCUGAAAGAAGAUUUAAAGAAUUAGAAUUGGAAACUAAGAAGUUAAGUGAAGAAUCAAAGAGAUACUUUGCUGCUGUCAAUGGUAUGUUGGAACAUCAAAUUGAUUUUUCAAAAGCCAUUGAAGAAAUUUAUAAACCAAUUAGUGGAAGAUUAUCAGAUCCAAAUUCAACUGUACCAGAAGAUAAUCCUGAAGGUAUACAGGCAUCGGAACAAUAUAGAGAAGUGGUUAAAGAAUUGAAAGAAACUUUGAAACCAGAUUUAGAAUUGAUUGAAAAAAGAAUUGUUAAUCCAGCUCAAGAAUUAUUAAAAGUUAUUCAAUCUAUUCGUAAAAUGGCCACCAAAAGAGAACAUAAACAACUUGAUUUAGAUCGUUAUAAGAGAAAUUAUAAGAAAUUCGAAGAGAAAAAGGAAAGGACUGUCAAAGACGAAGAAAAAAUGUAUAAUGCAGAAGCUGAAGUUCAAAUUGCUCAACAAGAAUAUGAUUAUUAUAAUGAUAUGUUGAAAAAUGAAUUACCAAUUUUAUUUCAAAUGCAAUCAGACUUUAUUAGACCUUUAUUUAUAAGUUUCUAUUAUAUGCAAUUGAAUAUUUUCUAUACUUUAUACAGUCGAAUGGAAGAAUUAAAAAUUCCUUAUUUUGACUUAACCACUGAUGUGGUUGAAGCUUAUCAUUUUAAGAAAGGUAAUAUUGAAGAACAAACGGAUGCUAUUACUAUAACCCAUUUCAAAGUUGGUCAUGCUAAAGCUAGAUUGGAAGCCACCAAAAGACGUCAAGCCAUGAUGAAUAGUCCGCCUCCAGGUUCUCCUGUAGCUGGUAAUGGUGAACAAUUACCAACUUAUACUCCAGGUCAAUAUGGUCAAUAUGGUCAACAACCUCCUGCUGGUGAUUAUAAGAAUCCUCUGGGCGCAUAUCAAGCCCCUACUUACGGUGGAUAUGGUGCUCAGCAACCAGCUACUCCAGGUUAUGGUGCUCCAACUGCUGCUCCUACCUAUGGUUCUCCACCAGCAGCUGCUGCUGCUCCAGUAUAUGGAGCAUUACCAUUACCUGCCCCAACUGCUGAAACAUGUACUGCUUUAUAUGAUUACACAGCUCAAGCUCAAGGUGAUUUAACCUUCCCAGCAGGAGCCCAAAUAGAAAUUGUCCAAAGAACUACUGAUACAAAUGGAUGGUGGACUGGUAGGUACAAUGGGCAAACCGGUGUUUUCCCAGGUAAUUAUGUUCAAUUAAGUUAAGUUUAUAUAUAAACUAUAUUGUCUGUUCUCGAUCAGAGUUAGAUUACAAAUUAUAAAUACACAAGUAAUGUUAUGUU